GCGGUUCCCGUCUCGCGAGCAGCGAUCUACAGACUGCCCGGGCGCCCGGCAGCGAAUCCGAACGAACGAAACGCACCAUCCACAACACGCGGCCGUGUUUACGAACGCAACUGACCCCCUAGACACGAAAAUUCGAAUUUCAAAUUUAGAGUUCCAUAGUGCAGUGUUUUGAGUUUGGAUUUUUUGGCAGCAGGUUGCCGUUUGGAUGAACAUACUGCAACAGUGACGGGACGAGAAUGGCUGAAAAUGGGUACGGCCCGGUCGCCGGCCACGUAGGCAGAAUACCCAACUUCGGAAAAACACAGGUCAAUCCAAUGGGAAGCGUAGAACCACCACCAUGUAUCCAAAACGCGAUGAUGACGAAGGAUAAGAAACCUUUCACAUACACUCCAGGAGGAUUAGAUUUAUCACAGAUUCGCACACCAAGUAUGGCAAGGAGAAUGGCCCGUCAACGUUCUCUUGAGGAACAGGAACAGGCUCAAGGGCAAUACGGUGGUGGCAAUUACCAUCCUCAAGGAGGACCAGCACCCCCACCUCCACCACCACCGAAAGUACCAGCCCCGCCUCCACCACCCCCAAUAGUCAUCGAAGUGCCAAAUUCUAAAUCUCCAAAACCUAUUGCUCCUGGUGAACGACCUGAGAUUGUGAUCCCAGAGAAUCCCAUUGGGAUGCUUAGAAAGACUAACAGCCCGUAUCACUGGGAGGCCGAAAAAGCUGAAAUGCAAAGAAUGGGACCCGUACCAAAAUUCCAGGAGAAAGUUCCAAGUCCGUUGACUGUCAAAAUGCCCCCAGCUAACUUUUCGCAGCAGCCACAAAACUACACGCCACCUGGACAAAAUCGUCAAAACUACUCAUAUGGAAAUCAGAAUAAUUACACGCCUGACAGUCCGAUCCAUAAACCUGAGGCGCAAUAUGCUCAUCAGAAAGUUGGUUCACCAAAUGUAAACGGCUCACCACCUACGAGAGAACUUUUACAGCGGCAAGACUCACAGUUUAAUAAGAGUCCACAGCCAUUCAAUUCUCAGUCACCAUUAAAUAAUGGUAGUCCAUUCUCUCCUAGUCCAAAUAACAACUGGAGACAGCCAGAGAAAAGAGACUCUCCUGCUAAAAAUAACCCAAAUUCACCACAAUUUCAAAGGGGACCGUUUUCACCAAAUGCGCAGCAAUAUUCACCCAAUUACCAAAACCAAUCUCCACCAUCUAACAGUGGGCCUGUAUUCCAUACGCUACCGAGAGCUGGUCAAAGAAAUCAUGAUAAUUUUGUCAAUAAUUCUCCUAAUCAAAAUGCCAUUUACAAUAAUAUCAGAGAGACGAGUCCGAAAGUAGAUAGUUCAAAUACGACACCAUGGCGAACAAAUACAUUGAAUAACAGGACGGUAAGAGAACCAGAAAAUUUGCAAAAUAUUUACCACAACAGCCAGAACACAAAUCAACAACCAACUUACACUCCCCCAUGGAAGACAAAUGAUACGAAUAAUAAUGAGAAUACUUACAUUCCCCCAUGGGUACAACAAGAGCGUAGAAACUCUGGUAAUCAAAUAAAUAAUCAACAAUAUACUCCCCAAUGGGCACAAGAUAACAAAAAACCACAAGAAAGCUAUCACCCACCAUGGCGGUCUCAAGAAAACGAACAAAGACCGCCACCUACUUCCCCUCCAAAUAAAAUGAAUCAGCAAGAACAGCCAAGGUAUCAAUCAACUAUGUCCAUACCAGUUACACCAAAGAAACAAAAUACGCAACCAGAAUACAACAACUCAGUCCCCCAGAAAGAGAUUGUCUACGUCAAUGAAGAACCUGUCUACUUUAGCCCAGAUAGUCCAAAAUCUGUUCCUCCAUGGGUAAAGAGUCAAAAGGAGAAGACGAAGACUCCUCCUCCGACUUGGUGCCAAAGACCUUUGGACGGCAGAAGGAGUGCUCCUCGUGAGCUUGCCACACCACCUCGUGAUACGAAUCAAGAACCAGAGUGGGUUAAAAAGAGUAACGAAAUGCAAAGGAAUGUUCGUGAGGUCAUCAGUCCGCCUAAAUAUCAACAACCUGUGCAACCAUCGUGGUCUACACGGCCUUCGGAGAAUCGUAAGAGUUUGCCUCGUGAUAAUGGCCCUCUGUCACCGGGUAGUAGAGUAAUCCCUGUACAAAUGGAAUCUAGUAUAGUAAAUAGGGAUCAAGGUAGACAAGGAAAUAAUCCUAGAGUAGUGUUUGAUAUGCAACAGAUUCCGAACUCUCAGAGUUUCAAUAAUGCGCAGGCUCCUUAUUCACAGCCGACACAGCGUAUCAUGAGAGUGUUGUCACCGCAAUUAGUAAGAUUAGAUGAUGGCCCGACUCAGCCUGAACUACCCACUCUGAAUAGAAACUUCCAAACUAGUCAGGACAAUCAGCCGAGGACAAGGAUAAUUCCGAUACAGAUUGAAGGUGGCAACGGCGGGGCAAAUAAAAGCUUCGGUGGACGGUUCUAAGGGAGCUUACUAUUCACACAGCCAAAUUCCAGGGUGUACUAUCACAAGUUCACACAAGAGGGUCCUCCACGACAGUCCAAGGCUUUCAAAGUUCUGCAAGUCAUCACGGGCACCCAAGACACUGACAACAUUCAGGCAAUGGAAAAUCAUCACGGUUUUACUGAUCUGUGACCUUAGGUGCAACCAAAGAUUUUAUUUUGAGAAAAGGACGCUAAAUAAGCAGCCGUAAGCAAAUGUUUAGCAAAAAAACAUCACGUGCGUUUUGUGUAAAGACCAUAGGAACAAUGUUGAUUUUUCUAGGAUGUCUAAAGAGGUUUCUAUAUAUGUUAACCAAUUUUAUAUAGUAUUAUUAUGAUUGUAAAAGAGUUAAGCAAACUACGAGUAUUUGAACUAUAUGUGAUUUUUACAUCAUGCUGUAGGUAACUGAAUCAUCAUUCUCUGUUAGCUAAUAUUCAAUGUAGCUAUUAAGAGCAGUUACAAUUUGGCUCUAUCGAAAGCGGAUUUUCUUGUAAUUUGAAGGUAGUUUAUCAAGUAAAAAUGCACCGUAAAUAUUCAUUGCGACAGUACAUAAAAGCCCGAGGAAUAUCGGUAGCUGAUAUAUUCAUGCAAACUGUAGAUAUUGUAUGAAAUUUAUAGAAUGCGUACCUAUACGUUAAAUAUAAUAAAGAUUCAUUGGGAAUUUAAAAAAAUAUUUUUAUAUCAAAGGAAGGUGCUGGCGUGUAAUAAUGCUUCGCAACAAUGAAUGUUUUUUUAUUAUUGAAUUAUUCGUAUGAGCGUCAUUAUUAGGGAGAAAUGUCAAAGCGUUAUAUCUCUAUAAAUGAAUCUCUUUCUAUCUGUAACUGCUACAUAUUAUAAACUGUUGCUGUGAAACCAAUUUGAGUAAGAAUGAGACCGAGAGGCCGCUAUCUUUAAAAAAUAUCAGAUCCCUCACUGUACAAUUAUUUCAAAUAAUGGAACUCUUAAAAGCUUUUGAAUAAAUAAAUUGCUAUUAUAUAAAAGAAAACAAAGGGUUUAAGUAAUAUUUUUUUUUAUAUCUAUUAUAUAUCUAUGUUAUUUUUGUUCGAUUCAUAAUUAUAAUUGAUUAGAUAUUUAUUACCUUUUAAUAUUCGUGGUAGUGUAAGGAUUUGGUGCGUGACCGCGAUCCACCUAAUUAAUCACGAAAUGAAAAAAGAUUCUAUCGAAAAACUGGUCUAUUAAAGUAAUUGUUUUUUCUUAGAAAUAAGUAGCGCAGAUGUUAGUUUAUGGUAACAUUUGUUA